UUCAACACAAUCCUCUCUCUCACGUUCAAUAAAAUCAAUAAAUCAUAUAACGUACUUUUUCAUAUCGAAGCCAAGUAAAUCGUGCUGUUCCGCUCAGUUGAUCAAUAUUGUUCUUGGGAAAGCAUUUCAGAACAGAUUUUGUUAUGUUUAUUCCGAAACGAAACAAGCAUGAAAUGGCUCCUUCAACAAACAAUCUGAGGAAACUUCUUGAAAAUCAAUUCAAGAACGGAAGGCUUGAAAUGUUCGAUGGUCAAGGACAACUCGUUCUAAUUGUUGCGCAGUUUAUGAUAAAAAUGUGCGAUGAAGAUGAUGAAGAAAUUGGUUUGCUAAAGUAUCUUGACGAUUUAGCGAGGAAUUGCUUGGGUUCCAGCCAACGUAGUGAAGCAUACAGAAACUUUCCCGAAGAUUUUUGGCAGUUCAUGACGGGGCUGAGAUCAUUCUUUAUAGUCAAUUCCAAGCGGUCUCCCAUUUAUUAUAUUGGGCGUGUUGCGGUCUUCAUUGACCUUUUCCUCGAAAUUUUAGAAGAGAUACUUCGUCUUCAGCCAAAUUUCAUUCUUCGUGUCGAGGGUUCAAUUAAAACUCUUAAGAUGGAGCUGAAGUUUCUUAUAACCUUUCUUGGGGACGUACCAUCUCUGCACACUGAUAUCUAUACAACCUAUAGUGUCUUGACAGAUAUCGAAAGUGUGGCCAAUUCUGUGGGAUAUUUCUUAUAUACUUUCUUUUUCAACAGAGACCCUAUUUCGGUGACUGAUAUGGAUCAGAGUCUUUCGCAUUUGUUGGAAUCUCUGAGGCUCGUGACAGAAAAGAUCAUAGCGCACUGCAACACAAUCCCGCCGAAGUUACCAAGUCGUAGGACCCGAAAUACUGAAGUGGUUUCACUCUUUCUUGUUGAUUCAAGUCUAGACGAUCUUGAAAAUGUAAUAAAUCACGAGGAUGACAGGAUUGUUUCUGUGAAGGCUCAAAUUCAAAAAAUUCAUGGUCAGCUAAUGUUCUUGCGAUUAAUGCUUGCAACCAUGGGGGAAAAACGAUUUUCGGAACUUGAGGAGUUUUUUGUACGAAUUAGAGACAUAGCAUAUGAAGUUAAAUAUGUUGUCAGCUCAUUUUCUCCUGUGCAGUAUCUCACAAUCAGGCUUCCUCAAGUAAUUGUGAAGACUGAGAUUGUUAGGAAACAACUAGAAGAAGAAAUGAAUAAAUAUGACGCUGGAAUGCUAAAGGAUGAAGAAUAUGCAAGGCAACAAAUGUUAUUGCAAACUCAAACACCUGACACUCGAGACAUUGUUGGCUUAGGGGAUGAGGUGGACAAAAUUAAAGAGCAACUUCUUCGAGACACAAAGCAGCUACAAUUUAUUUCUAUUUCUGGGAUGCCAGGACUUGGCAAGACUACUUUGGCGAAGAAACUAUAUGAUGAUCCCUCGAUUGUUCAACAUUUUGACAAACGCGCCUGGUGUGUUGUCUCUCAAAAUUAUCAAAUUAGAAAUAUCUUAAUUGACAUCUUGACGUCAAUGGAUGUCGUUAAUGAAGAAGCAAGGAUGGUCGAGGAUGAAGGUACAUUGGGUGAAGCACUUCACAAAUGUUUGUUGACAAGUGGAAGAUUCAUCCUUUUCAUAGAUGAUAUGUGGAAUGUCGAGGCAUGGAAUAAAAUUCAAACAUACAUUCCAGACUGUAGAAAAGGAAACAGAAUAUUAUUCACCGCUCGAGAUGAAGAUUUCGCUUCCAAAGCUUCAUAUUCUUCCAAAGCUUCACUCAUGGAAAAUAAUGCUCUUAAACGCUUGACUGAUGAAGGGUGUUGGGACUUAUUGCAGAGGAAGGUUUUCCAACAAAAUUCAUGCCCUAAAAAUUUGAUAUUCGCUGGAAAGGAAAUUGCCAUAAAAUGUGAUGGAUUACCACUUGCAGUUGUUGUCAUAGCUGCAGUUCUCGCGAAUAUGGAGAAGGAAUCAAAGUUAUGGGAGGAUGUUGCUAAAAGAAUAAGUUCACAAAUCACUGAAGAGUCAAACAAGUACAUGAACAUACUGGAGCUCAGUUACAAAUAUUUACCUAUGCAUCUGAAACCAUGUUUUCUUUACUUCGGAACUUUUGAGGAAGACAGGGAAAUUGCGGUCCGGAAGUUGAUAUCGCUAUGGAUUGCUGAAGGGUUUAUUGGGAAAGAAGAGAAGGAGAUCAUGGAGACUGAAGCACAGAAGUACCUGGAACAUCUCAUUAAUAGAAGCCUGAUCCAAGUUGUUCGAAGAAGAUCCAAUGGAAGAGUCAAAACAUGCCGCAUACAUGACCUCUUGCAUGAUAUGUGCCUGCGAAUAGCUAAAAAAUAUAAUUUUAUAAAGGUGAUUCAAAAUCAGUUGUCGGUAUACGAGCAAUGCCAACGCCUAAGCAUUCACUCACACUCAAUUCCUUCUUUUUCGAGACCGGUUAGACUUCAUGUUUGCUCCCUGUUAGGACAUUUACCUGAUCCCUCCACAUUCAUCUUUGGCAACAUGAAACUUCUCAAGGUAUUGGAUUUGUCAAGCAUGGAUUUCAGAUUUUAUAAUUCUACACAAGCAGAGGAUUUGUUUCUCUUAAGGUUCUUGGCAGUUUCUUCUAUACCGUCAUCAGUAGAGAGAUUUGAGAACCUAGAAUUUCUUUUCGUGAAUAAUCGAAAAGUAGUUGAAAUACCAGAGAACCUUUUUAAUAUGGUGAAGUUGAGAAAUGUGUAUUUCAGUAGCGGUGCACAAUUCAGUAAAUCGUGGCGUAAGCGAGCAGCUGAGGGUGAGAGGUUUCUAACAAGUGGCCUACAAAGAGUUUCAUAUGUUUCCAUUCAUGAUGAAAACGAUGAGAAAAUUUUGAGAUAUUCACCUAAUCUCCGAAGAUUGAAAUGCAGAUUUGCUAUAUUUUUUGAUUCAUCAGAAAACAAUUAUCGGUAUCCUAUCUUGAAUUUCCUUGGUCAGCUGGAAUCACUCAGCAUAUCUUUCCGUUCGAGUUAUGUUACAGAUGACCCCAAUCUCAAUUUGACUAAUUUACCCUUGAAUCUAAGAAGGUUGACUCUUAGUAACUUUAAUUCAUCAAGUAAGCAAAUUGAGAUAAUCGGAAAACUACCUGAGCUCGAGGUUCUCAAGUUACGAAAUGGUACCAGUGAGGAAAAAAGAUGGGACAUAAACGAAGGUGAAUUUGAAAAACUUAAAUUCUUGGAAUUGGAUGAGGUACAAAUUGAAAAAUGGAAUGCAUCGAACAAUCAAUUUCCUAACCUCGAAAGAUUAGUUUUGCGAAAUUGCCAGCUUUUGGAGAUCCCUUCUGAUUUAGAGCAUUGUCCGACUCUACGAAAAAUUGAGCUACGUGGUUGCAAAAAAUCUGUUGAAGGCUCUGCUUGGAAAAUUAAAGAAGUGCAAAAUGAUUACAAUAAUGAUGUUGAAGUUAAUAUCUACCGCUCUUGAUAGAGUUUUCUUUCUCAUUUACGUAAUUUAGUUUUGAAGGAAUUAUUUUGGAGGUCUCUCUACAUUCAGACUUAACAAUGUGCUCUGUUUUUAUUUUGUGAUAUUCAUCUUCAUUUACCAUGUCGCAUUAUAUUGAAUCUGUCAUUUUGGAGGUCUCUCUACAUUCAGACUUAACAAUGUGCUCUGUUUUUAUUUUGUGA